AUGGUCACCAGUUUUGAGCCCUCGGGGAUUAGGGCUCUUACACCAAGAGAGCUGGACCUGCAACAUGGCCAAGCAAAUCGAGCUCCUGCUUUUCCAUUGUCAUCUCCUCCGGCUGAAACUCUCACGAGCUUCAAGCCUGGUAAUGGCACGGCAGCGCUCGCCACGAAUAAUCCCUUUUUGUCUUCAGAUCCAUUCACCUCCAGCCCUUCUGAUGAUGACAGUGGAUCAUCCAGCGGGCAAGAUGAGUUUCAUCUAGAAAGAUACAGCCAGGACACAGACGGAAUGGCCCAGAUCUCGAAAUCGAACCGCAACAAAGCUGUUCGGCGACCUCAGCAGAAUACAUCGAUGCCUAAACCUGAAAAAAAGUCACGACCCGGUUUGAACAUUGUUACCGACUUCUCCAAACAAACAAAACGAUCCCAAACUGAUGACCUAGUGAUUGAGCAAGUGCAGUCACGAAAACCUCGAUUAGGCCAAAGACACGCCACGUCGAUCGCGUCUGCAAGGGCUGAACAUGUGGUCCCCUCCCUGGCAUAUGGGAUCUCAGAAGAUCAAUCCGCCUUUGGCCAUGGCCAAAAAUAUGCAAUCGCUGGCGACGGAUUACAGAGCGUGGAAAGAUCAAAGAGGAGGAUCGGUCGAGAAGUAUUGUCGAGGCUCCAGGAGUUACGGGCUGCUCGAAUGAAAGCAGGGGAUUCUGAUAACAGACAAGAAAACAUGAAUCCUCCUGGACAAAGUCAUACUUUCACCAAUCAGUCCCGGCCUCAUAACAAGUCUGCUAGGACAAAUGGAUAUUCUCCCGGUGAUCGGUCAAUCGUCAUUGGACUCAGUGUGCCCGAAAAUGAAGCAGAAGCCCACAGACCGACUAGUGGAGGAGACAGUGCGUUGUCGUUGCAUACACCCGACACACCGGCGAUCGUGGUGACACCAGCUGAAGAAACAGGUUCCUGGGAGCCUCCAUUCUCUGGCAGAGCACGACCUGUGUCGAGCAUCUAUUCUGCACUUCCAUGGAAUGAGAAGCAGUUUCAGCACAAUGACACUCCACCGGUGCCGAAGAUUCCACCGGCCCAUACCGGUCACGAGAGAAGUGGUGCGCCAGCUGUGGGUGCGAGCAUUAUUCGAGAAAGUCCAGAUGAUCCCCGACUAUACGCGAAGGAUCUGGAAAUUGACGACGGGAAUGAAAUUGAUGAUGCGGAAAACGCACGGAGAGCAUCGUCCGAGAGUCAGGAACAAAUCUUAACAUCGGAAACUGAGACCCGUCGACACAAAUCUCAAGGCUGGUGGAAUCUUGUGCUCUCGCCUACGUUGUCAAGAAAGGGCACUCUGGCAGACAAAUCCGGUACCAAGAGCACGGAAACACCUCUUCUACCGUCAGUUCCACCAGUGGCGGAUCCUUCAAUGACCAAAUUAACUUCCCCAGAACUGGGAAAGUCUCCGGGAACCUUACGGCGAUUUGGUUUAGCUAGUGCUAGAGCUAGCGUUUGGUCUCGAUGGACUUUAUGGGAAAAGGACCGGGACGAGAAUUCUCCACCAAACCAGAGGGAUGACUCUUCUCCCGAUCCGAAAGAGGAAGAGAAAGCCUUCAAGGAUUCGAACGGAACGUCGUUUGCCUCUUCAGACAGUCAUCUCGGGAAUGGUCUCGCAGCAGAAUACUAUCAUGCCUGCGCCGUGGAACAACUGAGGGGCAGCAAAUAUUUUGAGUGCCAGAACCAUUCUUGCGCCGAAAGACUACCACAGUUACAUUCUAUUUUUGACUCUAAGUCAUUGACCGAGCCUUUCGCAGAGCCGAGGAACGUCAACCGACCUGUCGAGACGGUUCUUCGCGAGAGUAAUAUCCUUCGACCACCGGGCCGGCAAGUCCAAAGUGGUGUCACGAUCCAAUCUGAACCAGAAGAACUUUCCCCGAAUGUUCGACAGGCGGACACCGCAACGGUGGUGAAGGCGAGAUCGAUUGAUACCCCAGAACCAGCGGAAGAGACACGGCGAGGAGCGACAGUCGAAGUGCCAGCAACAUCUCAAACUAAUUUAGAUCAGCUCUCCUCUAAAGUAGAGCCCCCUCCUGCCGAUCGUCAACAUCCUAAUAUUGCGACGGGAGUCCCAUCGCAUCGUGUUCAGCCGGCCGUACUCUCACCAGGUCCUGUUUCGCCAGCAAUGCAACGAGUAAUGACAUCCCAGGGUGCCGUUCCCAUGGCCGAAAUGAGCCAGCCACCGAGUCAAGUUCGUUCGUUAGACCAAACACAUAUGCAGAGUCAGUUACCAGCCCGGUAUCAAGCGCAGCCGUCCUCGAUCACAGUACAUAAUCAACCGCUAUACUCCGGCAGUGCCGCGUUUGGUAGCGUUCCUGUGACGAAAGAAGCACGGAAGGAGACUGUGCAAUCCCAGUCCCAACCCAUGAAUAGCACCCGAGAUGCCAGUCAAGCACCAUCAUCAAGAGAGGAGAUGGCCAAAGGAAAGGAUCUCGAAGACGGAAAGAAGCAGGGGUUCCUUUCAAAAGUGAAAGGCCUUCUCAGCAAGAUCAAAUCCAAGAAAAAUGAAGAACCCCAAACCAUAACCCGUCGAUGGACGUUCAUUAUCAGCAUGGUCUUGCUCCUAAUGGUGAUCGCAUGCAUUCUGCUGGCGACUCUGAUUACUCGCACCGGAGAUGGAACACCGGUUCAAAGCCAGUGGCUCAAUCUGACUGGCUACCCUCCCAUUCCUACAGGAAUUUCCACGAUUGCAAGGCCAGAUGCUGUCAAACAAGAAUCCCAAUGUGUGGCGCCUACUACUCUCUGGAGUUGUGCACUCCCCAAAGAAAGUCAGGCCGAAAUUGCACCCAACAAUCCAAACCAACCAAACUUCCGGUUUGAAAUCACGUUUCGAAAUGGUACCGUGCCGGCAAACAUGACGAUACCGGUAGACACGUUGUCCAGAAGGUCAACAAUUCUCAAGGAGCGCGCGAAUGACCCAUUUACCAAUGAUCUCUUCGAGCCCAACCCGGACCCUCCCAGCCGAGGAGAUCAGAUAUUCAUGGGAAACACCACCGACAAUAUCACGCAACCAUUUGAGGGAGAGCAAACCCCUUUCUUCAUCACCUUCAUCCCUGUCUUCCCGGUUGAUCCUUCAAGUAUCACCGAGUCCGAGUCAAACGCUUCAGCUCUGGUCAGGCGACAAGCCACGAACUCUUCGGACGUGAUACCUGCCCCAGACGUUCUCGCCGAUGGCAGCGCUGCUCCAGCGAAUCUUCUGCCAACGGCGCCGUACCCGACCUCACAGCCCAUCAAGCUGUACAACCGAGGUCAGGUAGAUGAACAUUAUGGGUUCUACAUGUAUUACGAUAAGGCUAUCUUCCUUCAUUCGACGGCGCCCAUCAAUACGUCGGAGUUCUCCAACAAUGCCGGAAUAGAUCCAGAAGACGAGAACGGUGGAUCGACCCGAGACGAGUCCAGAUUGCGAUGCACUUUCAGUCAAACCCGGUUUCUGGUGAGAAUGUGGACGAAUUCGGCAUUUGGAGCGACGCUUCUCGCUCCCACCGGUGAUGUCAACAGCACGAGUUCAGAUCCCAAUUCGGCAACAGACUUCAACCGACCGGGAUCAUUCCCAUAUCCUACUACACUUAGCCUGGAUCGACAUGGUGGGAACAUCAACAAGAAGGCAGUGUACUGUUAUGGGGUGGAUGAUUUGCAAGUGAUUCAAGAAGACGUGAAAAGUAUUGUCCCCGAGGCUCGGGGAUUGGGUGGACAAUUGAUAAAUCCUGCGCCUCCGUUGGUGAAUGGAUCUUUCGACAGUGGCAGUGACAGUUUUGAGCAAGAUGCUGGAGGAAUUGACGGCGGCACUGGGGGCUGCGAGUGUGCAUGGCAAAAUUGGAAUUGA